AUGGCCGGGAAUAGACGGGAAGAGCAAAGUGCGCGACCUUGCGCCGGCAGACCCAGUGCCUCGCGCCCCGGCUGCGCUCGAGUGGAUAAUUCGCCGAGAAUCCGGUGCCCGGCACAUGCCGCACUCUUGAGGAGACUCCAGUGGUUGUCCGAAAGCGAUCUGGAGAGACUGCAAUUGCACAGCGCGCUGCGCACUCCGGAGCUGAUACUUUUCGCCAAGAUGGUCACAACCGACAACAUUAAUGACGUGGAUAUUAUGGAUAUGGAAAUCGGGCAACUUAUAGAAGUGGAUGAGGACAGCGUACUGUUGAGCGCCGGGGACGCCGGCGGGGCGGCAACAGCCAACGCUGGCUCACCGCAGGUCCAACUCCUCGAAGCCGCCAAGUACACGACGGAAGACCAGCUGCGCUUGUUCCGCGAGUUCGUGACGCUGAGCUUCCCCGCGCUGUACAUGAGCCGGCACGUGUUCACGCAGCUGAUGCUGGAAGUGGGCUGGCAGGCCGCCACCUGUCCCGACCUGUUCAGGCAAGCGGGCAGUAGACUAAAUGUC